AGUUGCCACUUCAGUAUUCUUAUGAAGAGAAACCGGAAAAUCUUCAAAAAUAAUGAAUAUCAAAUGUUAAAUUAUUCAUUUGUCUCGUGUCAAAAGGAUUUUUUGAUGAUUCCACUAUUGAGUCAAGUCCUCAUGCUUUGUAAAUUUAGCUCGAAAUCAAUUCGUAAACUAAUUCAAAUAAAGAAGCCAUUGAGAAUGUUACGGUUCGUUUCGUAUCGUCGCCGCAUAAAAAAUGGCUUAGGCUUUGUGAUUUGUUGAUUUGUUUGUUUGUUUAUUUCUGUUAUUGUUUGUCAUGAUUCAACAAGAGGAUUCAAUUCCUUCGAGCCCUAUAUUAUCAUCGUCAACCUCUAAAUACAUUCAUAAAGUAAGAAGUAGUAGGAAAUCCAGACUAAAAACUAAUUCUAAAAAGCCAAAAAGUACCAAUGAAGCAGGCCCCGAGAUCUGUUUCCAGUUGUACGGUAGUUCUGAUGAUGAAACUCUGGAAGAGGAGACGCUAUUGAAUGCCACGUUUUUGGUCAGUUCCCACGUUCGAGACUUUGUGCCUUAUCAAAUGGAGAGUAUGUUAAUGAAGGCAGAUCGUUUAGCUAUAACAAACCUCCGCAAUAAUUUGCCAAAGCAAGAUGGUGGAUUCCUUACAUGUGAAAGAUGGUCCGAGCAACAGAACCACGAAGAUCCCAAAUUGGCUUUCAUUACAGAUUCGGAGUUACUAGAUUGCUGUCGUGAAGCUGAUAAAAGUACAACAAGCACACCACAUAAGCAGCUGCGUUUAGUGAACUCCAUACUUGAGGACUUUGCAUUAUCACCGUAUACAACUAAAUCUAUAGAGUCCAUAGUGCGCUAUUGGGAAUAUAGUCCUCAGUUUAUGCUCAAAAAUAAGCCCGAAAAAACCUACAGUCGCAAGCAUUGUCGAAAUAUUAAUAAACGUUUGCAGUUCAAUGUUCCCUCAUGUUCGGAUGAUGAGGACAAUGAAAGUCGCAGCAGUUCAUUCAUUUCAGUACAAGAAAAUUCCCAGGUGGAUGAUGUACACAAUACAACUGUGAUCCCAGAUCAAUCUGAGAAGCUAAGCGAAAAUCUUCUAAAUCUCAGCACAUAUUUUACACAGGAACCCUUGAUGACUGAUGAAAGCGCAAUGAGGUCGUCCUCACCUUUUACAAUAGAAACAACAGUAAACAUUCACAAUCUUUUGCAAGAAAUUUGCCAUUUGCGUUCACAAAAUUGGAAUAGAGAUGUUAAUAGAGAUGCCUUUGGAUCAGAAGAUGACUUUGAAGGAUUUCCCAGUAAUGUUUUAGAUGAAUGCACUGUUAAGGAAAUAUCGCUUGCAGAGGACUGCUGUUUGGAUGAGACACUACUAAGUCCUGAUAAAUUACGUAUACCAGCAGAUGAAAAGGAAAUUGGCCAUUGCCAUGAAGUACAUAAUUCCAGCGAUGAGACAUCUCAACAUCGAAAAUCAGAUUUCAAAUAUGAUUGGAAUGACGACUGUGCCGAAGUCUUUGCACUUAUUAAAACUCAAGAAGUAUUGCAACAACAAAAAAUCUCUCCCUGUGGACUAGCCACAGCAAACAACAUAUUGAUAAAAAAUGAAUGUUUAGCAAAUUCCCAAAAUAUUAAUGGCAUUGAGUUUAAGACUGCCUCUUCCAAACCAAUACAUGUUUCCAAAGAAGCUGAAAUGCGAGCAUUAGAAAUCGUAAAAAAUUUGCCUGCAAUAACAAUGAAUGAAAAAUAUCAAAUGGUUGAUGGCUUUUCAGAUAAACCUUCGACGUCGAAAGCUGCAUUGACAGCAAUCAAAGAAAAGGAAAAAAAUUGCAAGGUAUUUCCUUCUUUAUUGCAUGGCAGUAUAAGAUUUCAAACUGGCAAUGGCAAAAAAAUUGAUAUUUCCAAAAAAGCUUUAAAAAAUGUCGAAAAUAUUUUAAAGGAAUUUUCUUCCUUAGAAAAGCCAUACACAGACAGUGAUUUAAAUUCCAUAAAAGAUAUAACCAAUAAUAAAAAUCAUUCGUUUCCAAAAAAGAAUAUCACUGAAAAUCAAUAUUGGGAGAAUGAAAAGGAAUUGGCCAAUAUAGUUUUUAGCGAAUGGCCAUUGGAGGAACAAUUGCAAGGCAAAUCGUUAGUACCUCCUAAAAGCUCAAACAAUUGCUCAAAUGUCACCGAUUGUCUUGAUGGUUUUCAAACAGCUGGUGGUAGGAAACUCAAAGUAUCAGCUCAAGGGGAAAAGGCUGUUGCCCAUCUUCUGCAGGAGUUUCAAGCCGAUUGUAAUAAUAAAAAAUGGGAUGAGGAUCUGGUCGAAAUUAAGAACAAAAUCCAAAGAAAAUGCAGCGAACAAAACGCAGUAGUUUUUCCCCAAGAAGGAAACAGACUAACGUUGCCAAAUGAAGCCAUUGAUUUUCAUACAGCCGCUGGGAAUAAACUUGCAAUAUCUGCUAAAGGGCAAAAAGCUGUUGACCAUCUGCUAAAGGAGUUUCAAUCUGAUUUUGGUAUUAAUAAAUUGGAAGAGGAUCUAUUGGCAAUUAAAAACAUUGUCCAGAAAAAGCAUAGUAACCAAAAGACAAGUUACGAUUUGACCGAUGGAGGAAACAGUUCAACUUUUCGAAAUGAUGCCAUUGAUUUUCAAACAGCUGGUGGCAAAAAGCUGGCAAUAUCAUCUAAAGGUCAACAAGCUGUUGCCCAUCUGCUACAGGAGUUUCAGUCUGAUUGUAAUAUGAAUAAAUGGGAUGAGGAUCUAGUCGAAAUUAAAAGCAAAAUCCAUAAAAAGCAGUUUAAACAGAAGACAAAUAAAGAUUUGGAUCAUGACGAAAGGAAAACUGAGUGGAAUGUAAUCGAUAUGGAAAGCAAAAUACAAAUCAAACACAAUGAACAAAGUGUUCAAGAUACUGUGAUAAACUCUGCAAACUCGUUUUUGGGUAAAAGCAAAGAACUCUCGCUGCCUGCGGUUACUUUGAAGAGAUCAAUGGAAGCUAAAAGUACACCACUGCCUCCCUCCAAACGCAUACUGACUGAUGUAAAGCAAUCAUUUUCGGAGUUAUCUAUGAGAUCUCCUUUAAAUACAUCGGCGGCAAAAUCUGUGAUAUCCCGCAAGAACUUACUGUCGUUAAGCAAAAAGCGAAAACAGAAAGGUCGUCUAUCAACCAAUGAUGCUGUCGAUAACAACGGACAAGAUGAUGAUGAAUUCGUUGAAAUUAUCGUUGGCCAAACUGAAACCCCAAUAAAAAUAAAAUCAAACACUGCUGCAAUAAAGACCCCCGGAACACCAAAUGUAAAUGAUUUCUUUCAUAAUGCUCCAAUUCAAAGCAGUACUCCACGAACACGAGAGAAACCUGUAAGAGAGGAAGAUUUCAAACCAAUAGCAUGGAAUGUCAACAAUAUAACCAGUACAGACAAACCAAUAAACAUUUCUGAAAACUCAAGUUGCAACAUAACAAUAAACUCCUCAAAUCCCACUGUCGAGGAACGCAUUGGCAGACUUAAUAUGUAUGGUAAUCCUCCGGCUAUUUCACCCAUUGCCACCGAGUCCCUCAAAAAUUGCCGCCCAUCUGGUCUUAGGCGUACCCGACGAAGCAUGCCAAAAAAAUAUGAAAAUAUUUAAGAAUAUUAGCCAUAUUUACAAUUAUCUUUUCGUCGAGAUGGGUGAUGAAUUUGAUGGUUGUGAAUGUGUGUGGUCGCAUGAGUUGGCCAUGCAAAGAUUAUUGAAUUUCGUGAGU